GAGCGGAGGUAUUUCACGGAGGCGUUAGUACUGCAUAUUUUUUAGGAUUUGGACUAAUUACUCAUCGUUUCGUACGACAAACACUUUUGUUGAUUUUUCUACACUGUUGCAGACUGCAGUUUUGACUAUUGAACUUACAAGAAGCGUGUAGUAACGCUAUCAUAGCCUACACGUUUUUCUAUGCGUUGACAGAGACAGCGUUCCCCGGCGGAGUAAUUGUAUUACCGGUGGCGAUGGUGGUCGCUACGCUUCGGAAGAAAUACACGAAGUAGUGAGCCGCCUCAGACGCAGGUCUGCAGUCUGUCGGCAUUGCAAAAUCUGAAGAAAAGGACCUUAUGGGAUAAUCGACUGUUAAAUAAAAAGAGACCGAACUGCAUCUAAUUUGAUAAGGACUUAGGAAGACCGAAACUGUUCUUGUUAUCUUGGAUAUGUAAACCAGGCGUGCGUCUUGCCGGGUUCAUCCUUCUUACAUAAUCUCCAUCUAGUUCCCACUUCCAGAAGACUCAAAACAGAGACCAAAUGGCAAGGCCACCAUCAGAUGUAAAUUCUGAAUGUGGUAGAAGAGAAGGUGGACAGUUGCAGUCCACUCAAAGAUCAAGUCGACCUGCAAGUUUUAGAUCAGGGGCUCCUGACUUCAUUUCGACCCAGUCCGGUGGUGACCGUGAUGGUGAGGGGGAUAAUACUGUGCCCAGCAGCUUUAAGGGAGAACUGUCAUUACCCCCAAGCCCCAGUACAUUUGCCACCAGAUCCCCACUCUUCAACUGUAUGAGAAGGACCUCAUUAGUAUCUAGUGGAUAUUUCUUUGUAGACUUAGAAUCCAGUAUUGCCACAGUGGAUGCUGACAAAACAACGCAGGCUCCAACCCCAUCUAGCCUUGUCAUCUCUCAGGCUCAGUACCAGGUAUUUCAAGCAGAUGACAUGCCAGAUGCUGCUCAGAUGCCUGGAGACAUGCAUGCUGAAAGACUUAUUGCACAAGAACUGAUACGAAUUGGUGAUGAAAUGAAUCUUGAGUACAUGAGACGAGCUCGAAGAAAUCCUUUGGGAUUUUGGACAACCAAUCAGCGGGAUAUGAACAAUCGUCAUGAAGAACAAAACCACUGGGAUUACUGGCGAUGGAUUGUUCACAUUUGUCACAUCAUUAGAAGAAUCUUGCUUCACUGAAAACAUAAUUUGAUCUCUUUUGUUUACUGAAAAGACAAAUCCCAGCAAAUAAGUAGCAUUUUCAGAAAUCUAUUUUUAAAUAACUAUGCAGUUGAGAUUUUUGUACUCCUAUUUUUUUAACACUUAAACUGAUUUUACCUCUUCCCACUGAGGAGUCAGGUACUCCUUCAGUACAGUCAUGUGUUUUCAGCCCGGUCUGCAUCUGGAGUGUUUGUACUUCAUUUCAGGGAAACCUGUCCAUCUCAUGGGCUUUUUUUUUUUUUUUUUUUUUUUUUACUUCUUUGGAAUUUCAGGGCCAAAUGAUUAUCAGGGAACUGGCGGAAAUAACCAGAUAUGAAAAGGGAGGUAAAGUUCUGCAUAUCAUCAGUGGGCUUGUGUUGCCUACUUCUAUUCAUCUUCUGCAGUCCACUUAUUUUUUCCUUCUGCUGCACUGAAAACUUGCCAUUUCAUGUGUUAAAAUGUUAUCCACCUUUAAAAACAUUGCACUGCCACUGGUACUGAAGGCAUGUGUUUUUUACAGCAUUGCCCAGUUCCAUGUCCAGAGCAAAGGUAAGUACUGGAAUAUAUUUCUUGCCUUUUUGAUUCCCUGUUCUACACCCACAAAUGGUUAAUAGCCUUACAUCUUGAAUCUUCCCUUGCUUUCCUUUUUCUGCCCCAAGCAGAUGUUUCUGACCCUAAGCACACACCAAAAAAACUUGCUGGUUCAUUUUGCACUGUUAAUAAUAUGGCCAAGACACACAGGACAUAGGAUAUGUUAAUUUUUUAAAAGUACCACUUUUUCCCUGUUUUACAGCAAACUGCUUCAUCCCAAGAUCCCAGACUGUGCUGCCCAUUUUACUUUUGUGGUAUUUUCUUUCACAUUUUUCUUGAAGAUUUUUAUGCGGCAGUAGAUUAGUGUUUUGUCUGGAGAAUAACGCAGACCUUUUCAUGCCUUGUCAGUUUAUAUCUCUAUGGGUGCUACAGCUUUCACAUUUCUUAGCAUAUUUGCCUUCUUUGAAAAGGUCUUGAGUUGUAGUCCCCUGCUUACACUGACUUCAUACCAUUAAAACUGGCAUCUACUGAGGUAGACAGACUUGUAACAGGCAUUAAACUGACAUCCCCUUUACUGUUUCUGAUGUAUCUUUUCAAGUAUCAUUAUGAACUGAAAAAGCCCAUAGAUAUUUCUUGCAGGUGUACAAUUUUCCAUUGUUUUUAUACUUUCUUGUACAGUGACAGGCUGCCGUGUGCAAUUAACUACCAACUGCUUGUAAACAGCUGCGAACUUCAGUGUUUUGUGUAUGUGAAAUGCAUCCUGAUUGUACAUGAACAUUGAUCAUCUAUUUAUAGUUGCACUUGUAUGUAAUUUUGUGCAGUUGUAACAAAAGUUAUCCUUUAUGCUCAUGUGCAGUCAUCCCUAUGGUAAUUUAAUUUAUGUCAUUCUGUCAUUGUUUUGAAAAGGGUUGAUCGAAUGAAUUAAACUCUUGUCUGCUUUGACUUUUCCCUGUGGUAUCAUAUGCUGCAUAGAAAAGCCAAGAUGUGUGUGGUAGUUGUAACUAGGGACUUUGCAGUUCAUUAACAACUAAAUAGUCUAUUUGUAUUUAAAAUUAUGGUAAUGAUUAUUAGGAAAAAAGGGUUAUAAAAGUAAGAAAUUCCAUUUGUCAGUCAAAGUUCUAAAGUGUCAAUGCACAGUUAAGGCUCUCUAAAAAGCAAGAGCACUUAUUUACACCACUAAGAUACAUGAAACAACUUAAAAAGAAAAGAAAAGAAAAACUAAACUUAAUGAUGCCUUCCUAAAGCACUUUCUCUAUGCUAUUUAUUUUAAGUGUUAUGGAUGCAGUAUACAUUGCUACUGUAUUACCAGAAAGGUUUAACAGUAGCUUGUGCCUUCACUUUACAUUUGUACCUCAGUAUACAGUUUUUACCAGAGUACACUUGUCAAUGUUUAAAGUAGUGUAGCAUAGGUAUUCAGGUAACCACUAGCAUUUUAUGCUCUGCAUUUCUGAUCACCUUCUUAUGUGCUUAAUUCUGCAUAGUAUGCAGUUCACAUUUGUAGGAAGCUGUCUUGAACUAAAAAGUAAAAUUUAAAAUCUAAACAUUUUUUCUUAGACAUACAUGUAAGACUGUAGGUAUGUUUUGCAAUAAUGUAAACACACUUGAUAUUGUUUUUGCACAGUCUUAAUUGAUAUUUUAUAGAAGUGAUCACUUUAUAUAAACAAACAGAAAAAUUCCCUUCACUUAUAGUAUACUGUUAUGGAUAAUGUUAAUACUGAAAUCAACUCGUAAUCCUGGUUUAAAAUAAUUUUCUUUGUUAAUGUUAGAGACAGUAUCCAUUACAAGUCUGUUAUCUGAAAACAUAAGACCAGAAGGGUGCUGCUUACAAAUCUUAAAUCAUGUGAUUUACAUGUCUGUUUCAGCAUACAGUUUGCACUAGACAUAACUCUUCAACAGAUGAAGCAGUGCAUUUUGAGUGCUCAGAGCAUAAGCACUAAAGUACUACAGCUUCAUGGUCUGCAUUUCCUGAUCAGGUUCUAACGAGUGUCCUUUUGAAUUAUUUGAAUACCCAUUGCAUACUGCUUCAAAUGCUGAAACCUGCAUUACAGUAUCAGAUGGAUUCUAAACUAGAAAUGAAAAGUAAAGGCACUAGACAGUGUUAACAGCACUUUUCUGGUGUUUCUGUUUUCAGAUAAAGUUAUAAUCAUGUCAUCUCCACAAUAUUAAUUAAUAAACAGUCUUCUCAGAAGGAUAACCAUUU